AAUCUCUUUGUUUGUAUCUCUCUCUCUCUCUCUCUCUCUCUCUGUGUGUGUGUGUCUGUCUGUCUGUCUGUCUGUCUCAUGCUGAGCUUACAUUUUACGUAACUCCUGAGAAAUGCUGUCAGGCGUGGCCUCAUUUUGCUCUCCUCCAUUUUCUCUCGCGGCUCCCUCUCCCGGGCGGAUUGACAAGCUUGAAAAGAGGCGCGGGGUUUCCCAGUACGGCCUUUCGACUUCUUGCCAGGCCUUCCCCCUGCUCGGCUCUUUCCUUCUAGCGGGACGGAGCGGUGGCGAACGGUCGAGCUCCGAGAUUGGAACUGGCAUAUUUUUACUGCUGAGUAAAAGUUCAGCAAGUCUUCAGUAAAAAUGGCCACCAAUAAAUCUACAUUGCAUAAAAUGGGGAAAAAACAGAAUGGCAAGGGUAAAAAAGUUGAAGAAGCAGAACCUGAAGAAUUUGUUGUAGAAAAAGUCCUGGAUCGACGUGUAGUUAAUGGCAAGGUGGAGUACUUCUUAAAAUGGAAGGGAUUUACUGAUGCUGAUAACACAUGGGAGCCUGAAGAAAAUUUGGAUUGUCCAGAGUUAAUAGAAGCUUUUCUGAAUUCUCAGAAAGCUGGUAAAGAAAAAACAGAAGGUACCAAAAGAAAAUCCCUUUCAGAUAGUGAAUCUGAGGACAGCAAAUCAAAGAAAAAGAGGGAUUCUGUUGAUAAACCCAGGGGAUUUGCACGAGGUCUUGAUCCUGAACGAAUAAUUGGAGCCACAGAUAGCAGUGGAGAACUUAUGUUUCUUAUGAAAUGGAAAGACUCAGAUGAAGCUGACCUGGUAUUAGCUAAAGAAGCUAAUGUGAAAUGUCCUCAGAUUGUAAUUGCUUUUUAUGAAGAACGAUUAACUUGGCAUUCUUGCCCAGAGGAUGAAGCACAAUAAUUGUUUGGAUUCUCUUCUUCCCUUCCCCCCCCCCUUUCUUAAUAUAUGUAUGAUAUUUGAUUUAACAAAAGUGGAAAACUCCUAUUGAGUCCUAUUAAGAUAAGUUUGGUUACCUUAAAAGUAAUAUGUUUUGCAUAAAGAAGAAAGCAAAAGUGCUAUUCACUUUGUUUAUGAUAAGAAAACAUUUGAUACUGCUUUCUGUGUAUUGGAUCAAAUGUUUUAUAAAAUUUGGUAGUUAAUAGUGAUCCUUAAUGGCAACUUAUUCAGAUUUACAAGUGUUUUGUAGCUCUAUAUACAACAAAUGUGCAUGCAUUUUUUUCUGCCAUAUAGUCUGUAAAAUCAUUUUAUUUAGUAUUUGUAGCAAAUUGGUUCAGAGGGGACCAGGUGAAAACCUUGUUUCAAUUUGAAAGUGCAUAUUGUAUAUUAUUUUAUUGUAGAUACUGCUGAAGAGCUACCAAUAAAAUAGUUUCAUAUU